GCCCAGAUGCCAUCACCCUAACCGCUGUGGUGAGAGGCCCAGCAAGGUGCCUCCUCCUGGGUGAAAGGCCCGCUCUCAACUGCCUUGCCCGGGCAUCAGGGAUCGCCACUCGCUGCUCUCAGCUCCGGGCAAUAGCAACAGAUGGAGUCUGGCAUGGAGAAGUGGCUGGCACACGCAAAACCACCCCGGGCUUCCGUCUGGUGGAGAAGUAUGCCAUGCUGGUUGGCGGUGUGUCAAUGCACAGGCAGGAUCUGAGUGGAAUGGUGAUGCUGAAGGACAACCAUGUGUGGGCAUCAGGGAGCAUCACACAGGCUGUGAAAGCCGUGCGGUCAGUGUGUGGCUUCAGCAGCAAGAUUGAGGUGGAGUGCCGCUCUGCAGAGGAGGGCAGACAGGCGGCCCAAGCAGGAGCGGACAUCGUCAUGCUGGACAACUUUGUACCUCAGGAGCUCCAUGUCGCAGCGUUUGCACUGAAGGAGGACUUCCCAACUUUACUGGUUGAAGCAAGUGGAGGAGUGACCCCAGAAAACUUAGCUUCUUAUUUCUCCCCACACGUGGACAUAAUUUCCCUUGGCUGCAUAACACAGGGAUGCCCAGUGGUGGACUUUUCUCUCAAAGUUAAAAAGCCUUGACUCUCUAGUCUCCAAGAAUGAUGAGCAUCACAGAUAUCCUGAUCAGACAUAUCCGCACUGAGUAAAUGAGAACAAUUUUUGAAUCUUGUUUCAAUUAAAAUGUAGAUACUUA